AUCAUAGAUUGGGUUCUCUUCCUUUAAAAUCUGUCUUUUUAUGAUAUGCUCCUUUUUUAAAUGCUUUACCUUAGAGCAUUUUAAUAGAUUUAAAAUUUGGUUAAAGACUGGCAUGGUCAUACCAUGAGUCAGCAUGGAUUAUGUUUUACAUAAUCUUUUUUUUUUUUUUUGAAGGGCAAGUUCUCUUAUCUGGACUUGCUGAUGUUAAAUAUGUUCUCCCUUCCUCUCCCCUGAAAUAUAAAAAAAAGGAACAAAGUACAGCUGGAUAGCAGAAGCUGAGAGCUGAGCCCCACUUCAGGUCAACCAAGGCAGCUUUUUUUUCUUCAUCAUGCUUGUUUCAAUAUUUCUGCUGUGGCUGUGCAUUUUCUUCAUCAUCUUUCAAUUUAAAUUACGGAGGCCCAAGAGCUUCCCACCAGGACCCCUCAGUCUGCCUGUACUGGGAAACCUCUUGAACCUGGACCUCAAAAACCCAUUGAUGGACUUUGAAAAGAUGAAGGAGUCUUAUGGAAACGUGUACAGUCUUUUCAUCGGUUCAAGACCAGUCGUCGUCGUCAACGGUCUAAAAGCCAUGAAGGAGGCAAUCAUGAUCAAAGCCACGGAUUUCGCUGGACGACCUCAAAAUACGUUUAUAAAUGACAUAACCCGGGGGAAAGGAGUGAUUCUUGCAGAUUAUGGUUCCAUUUGGAGAGACCACCGUCGCUUCACUUUGAUGACUUUAAGAAACUUUGGUCUGGGAAAAAUAUCAAUGGAGGAACGAAUUCAUGAGGAAAUUCAAUUUACCGUUUCAAAGCUGGAGGAAAACAUAGGUAAAACCAUGAGUCCACAAGUUAUGUUUCAUAAUGCAGCUUCCAACAUCAUCUGCAAGGUUCUAUUCAACACACGCUACGAUUAUGAAGAUGGGAUGAUCACGGAGAUUGUUCAGUGCUUCGUUGAAAUUCUUAAAAUAGCAAACGGACCAUGGGCAAUGAUGUAUGACGCUUUUCCUUGGAUUCGGAGCCUUCCGCUGCCCUUUACCAAGGCCUUUCGGAAUAUGGAGACAUUCCUGAAUAUUUCCAAACGUUUGGUGAAUGAACACAAAAUGAGCAGAGUUCCUGGAGAGCCUCGAGACUUUGUUGACAGCUACCUGGACGAACUGGAAAAGAGUACUAAUGACUUUUCCGACCAACAACUCCUCGGAAUGACUUUUGACCUUUACAUAGCUGGGACUGACACAACAUCCAACACCAUGCUUGCUGGUUUUCUGUAUCUUUUGGCCUAUCCACACAUACAAGAAAAAUGCCAGCGUGAGAUUGAUCAGAUAUUGGAGGGGAAAGAUCGAGUCUCUUUUGAUGACAGACACAAAAUGCCCUACAUGCAGGCUGUGAUCCAUGAAGUGCAGAGGUUUGCCAACAUUGUUCCUCUCAGUGUCUUCCACUGCACAACUAAAGACACAGAGCUCAGGGGUUAUUCUAUUCCAAAGGGUACACUCAUCAUCCAGAACAUGCUGUCGGUGCUGAGAGAGGAGGGACAGUGGAAGUUCCCUAAUGAAUUUAACCCUGAGAACUUUCUCAAUGACCAGGGAGAGUUCGUCAAACCAGAAGCUUUCAUGCCGUUCUCUGCAGGUGCUCGGGUGUGUCUAGGAGAAGGUCUGGCUCGUAUGGAGCUCUUCAUCAUAAUGGUGACCCUGCUGAGGAAGUUUAAGUUCACCUGGCCUGAGGAUGCAGGAGAGCCAGACUUUACUCCAGUUUUUGGGGCGACUUUAACCACCAAACCUUAUCGCAUGAAGGUCCAGCUGAGGUCAGAAUAAAGCUGUUGAUCUACAAGUGUAAUUAGCUGGAAAGUCAUUAAUCACCACCUAUUCAGCACUUGUGUUCAACUGUUAGACCUGCUAGCAGUAAAAUCAUUAUGUUCAUCAUGUUACAAAAAAAAAAACAUGAAAAAUAAACAAAUAAACAACUUAAAACAAGCAA